AUUAGAAAUAGAAACAUCAUGAUCCAAAGGUUGUGAGUAGGAUGACUUUUUUCAAAUGUCCAUAAUGUGCAACUGUAUGGAACAUUAAAAAAAUCAACUUAUUUAACAAUACCAAUGGAGAAAAACAGAUGUGCAAUAACAGCAGACAUGUUUUCUAAAAAAUCAGUGAAAAUAGAUUAAACAGAAUUGUAUUGUUUCACAAUUUCACUUGACAUGUUUAAAAUAUGAAGUGGUUAUGCUGACAUAGAGUCUCUGAAAAUUAUUAAUAAAAUAUCGUAUUUGUGAAAACGCAUAAAAAAUCAUGUAGUUUUUCAGUUUGUUUUGGAUGGGAUGGAAACGCAGCACAGGCUGUUCAAAACUCUGCGCUUCUUUAUUCUGUUUGUGCGGAAAACGAUGAUGAUCGGGCGCAGAACGGAGCGCCAUCUACCCAAGAAGCGGCGCAGACCUUGAUAAUCUGUUUAGAAAUGUUUGAUUUGGUGUUCCAUGCAGAGAUGAUUAGCUGUCCUGUCUCUAUUUUGGCACCUUCACUUGCACAAGUUUGUGCUUUCCUCCUAUCGGCCCCUGCCAGCGGGGCCCUGCAGCGGCAGCUGCUCUAAUCGGCGCGGUUUGAUUUCCUGUCCUUCGUUUUGUUGAUAAGUCGAUCACCGCAAACGAAAUCAGAUUGACGGGAUGCAAGAGAGAAAUCCUGUUUUCUUUCUCUCUUUCUUUAUAUUGUUAUUUUUAAUUUUUUUUUUUUUUAAUUUUCUUAUUUACUGUGAUUUAAUCCGUGUGAUCCGCCUUAAAGCAGAACGUUUCUUCUUCACCAUCACCUCCAGCAGCCCCGGGCCUGGCAGUCUGGCUCACCCCUGAUUUGCUAAUCUGUGCGUCAUGAUCUGUGUCCGGCGCAAACACCCGCUGUGCAACAUGAAACUGCGUCAUAAAACAGACAGCUGAUCAGCAGAGCGACACUAUGGCGCUCUUCACACUCCGAUAAACUCCGACAAAUCGUAUAGCACACUGUGUAAUUUACAUGAGUUAUCAUGGAGGGAAAAUUAGAUUUCUUUUCCCCCCACCUCUUUAUGUUCUAAUUGAAGCUCUGCACCGCAGGGUGCGCCUCCACGUUUCCUCUGGCCCCUGCCUCCACCUCUCUCCUGCUUCUCUGAUUGAGUAAGUGAGAGGCUGAUGAAGAGCGUCAUCGCUCCUCCGGCUCUGAUGGACUGAUCCAUGAGGACUCGGCGGCGACUCGGAUGAACCUGAAAAAAAAAAAAAAAAAAAAAAAAAAAACAAGUUCUAACUUUUAAAUCUAGUCAUCGUCAUCUUCUGCUCAUUCGGGACUGUUUACCGUCACGAAUGCGGGACAGAGGUGAAACUCUCAGUAAAAACCCUGAGGUGAGUGGAAAAAGGAGCGAAGAGACGUGGCAAGAGCGCGGGGCCCCAGCUGCGGCCCUCUGCUGUCUACCUGCCGCCGCUCAGCGGUCAGCCUCGGUGACACCUGGCGGACGGGACUGACGCCUGCGCGCAUGCUCCGUUGUCAUGUGGAAAUCUCUUAAAACGCUCGGGAUGUCAGUGGCUCAGAUCAAAUCUGUAAACAGGACGCCAGCCGCCGGGUCUCCUCCUUCUGCUCAGCAGCUGGUUCCUCGUCAUUAACCAUCGCUCUCUCUUCUACCUCCCCAUCAGCCCCUGCACACACACACACACACACACACACACACCGCACAACACACAUACACUAAAGAUGCCCCGCUCCUUCCUGGUGAAGAGUAAGAAGGCGCACAGCUACCACCAACCGCGAACUUUGGAGGAUGAUUACAGCAGGCUGGACACGAUACUGGCGCACAUCUGUUCAGAUACCGAUAAGCUCCCGGAGGAGGACGCCGACCUUUCGGCGGACAGCUACGGCUUCUCUCCGGCCUCCCACCCGGGCGAAGCUGCGGACUUCUCCCCCAGGUCUCCGCUGAGCUGCGCCGACAGUUUGUGCGCUCGCUCCGCAGACUAUGAGGACUUCUGGCGGCCUCCAUCCCCAUCCAUGUCGCCUGUUGACUCCGAAAAAUCGCUUUCUCCCCUGGUGGGUGAAACCCAGUCCUUCACCGUCCCUUUCCGGCCGUACGCCUGGAGCAGCUACCCGGGGCCGGGGCCGGAGCUGGAGGUGCAGCGGCCCGUGGCGCAGCGGAGCCUCCAUCCCGGCCUGGAGGUGGACACCAGCCCGGCGGUGAUGGCGCUCUACGCGGACCGGAGCUGCCACCCGGCCGUGUUUGCAGAGCGGGCCCUGGCGGAGGAGCCUUACGGAGACUACCGGAGGCACGCUGCCGCGCUGCUGUUCCCUGAAGCGGGCCUGCACGGGAAGGCGGCCGACGGGAAGGCCCGGCCCGAUCUGCUCUGCUCCAGCCUCAUUCUGAACGGGGCAUACAAGUGUGUCAAGUGCGGGAAGGUGUUCUCCACCCCACACGGUCUGGAGGUCCACGUCCGCAGAUCGCAUAGCGGCACGAGGCCUUUUGCGUGCGACAUUUGCGGCAAAACGUUCGGCCACGCCGUGAGCCUGGAGCAGCACAAAGCCGUGCACUCUCAGGAGAGAAGCUUCGACUGCAAAAUUUGCGGCAAAAGCUUUAAGCGCUCCUCCACGCUAUCCACGCAUCUGCUCAUCCACUCGGACACGCGGCCCUAUCCGUGUCAGUACUGCGGGAAGAGGUUCCACCAGAAGUCCGACAUGAAGAAACACACAUUCAUCCACACAGGCGAGAAGCCGCACAAGUGCCAGGUUUGCGGGAAAGCGUUCAGCCAGAGCUCCAACCUGAUCACGCACAGCAGGAAACACACCGGAUACAAACCGUUUGGCUGCGACCUGUGCGGGAAAGGCUUCCAGAGGAAGGUGGACCUGAGGAGGCACAAAGAGACGCAGCACGGACUGAAGUGAGACAGAAGACGGAGCCGCGGUUCGGCCUUCACUCCGAAGGGAAGGAGACGGAGCUGGAGCCACCGGAGGAGGAAAACAACUAUUUUUUCCCCUCCCUUUUCUCAAGACACACUUUCUUCCAAUUUUAAUGAACUGAAAAUUCAAGAUAAUUUGAAUCCCAUCGACUGUUUUUUGUAUUUUAUUUUUCUUAUUAUAAUUUGUAUUAUUUAUAGGUGCGGAGAAAAAACAUGAGCAACACUAAUGACAGCAUCCUUCUUUUUAAAUACACCGCCCCAGCCCCCCUCAUCUCCUCACCUUUAAUUUCUUUUUUAAAGCCAGAGAUAAGCUGUGAGCUGUGGAGGAAAAGUGAUAGAGAAAAAUGGCAGAUGUGUUCAGAUAAAGCAUGAUUUAAAUAACUCUGUUAAACGGACAAUAAACGCACCUGAUAAAAAUCUGC